AAGACAGGAAGCUUGACAAUGAAUGCGAAUGAAAAGCUUCCACUUCGGCGCCGUCACUUUCUUCCGCCAAAUCUUUUACCGAAGCAGCGAAGGGUUGGAGUAGAAGAGGAUUAGUUUGAAGAGAUCAGGGCGAAAAUAUGAAGUUGUCUUUGCUCCAUAACCAGCCAAAUCGCCGCAGCAGUUACCGCCAUCAGGAUUCAGGACUUGGAGGAGGCGGCGGCGGCGGCGCAGACUCAGCUUCCCCGUCAGCGAGCGUCCUCCGUUCCCCUACCGCCUCGUUCUGGAUCGUCCUCCAUGCCUUCUGCUGCGUCAUCAGUCUCUUCCUCGGAUUCAACUUCUCUCGUCUCGUCUUCGUCCUCCACUUUUCUCCCUCUGUUUACAACACAUCCGCCCCCGUCGUCCACACCACUACUACGACCCAGACGCCCUCUCUCUCGCUUGCCUCGCCUCCGCCUUCGCUUCCUCUGCCGGCAGAGGCGUCGCAGAACGAGACGAAGAGCCGCGUCGCGGUGGGGCGGCACGGGAUCCGCAUCCGACCGUGGGCGCACCCGGACGCGGAGGAGACCAUGCGGGCGCACUGGAUCAUCGAGCGCGUGCAGCGGGAGCAGCGGCUGCAGGACGGCGUGCGGAGUCCCCAGCCGCUCAUCGUCGUCACGCCCACCUACGUCCGUACCUGCCAAACGCUCCACCUCACCGGCCUCCUCCACACUCUCCUCCUCGUUCCCUUCCCCCUCACCUGGAUCGUCAUCGAGGCUGCCCCCGCCGGUCGUCGAUCCAAUGACACAGCGGCCUUCCUAGCCCGCUCCGGCCUCCACUACCUCCACGUUCACUUCCCCGAUCCAAUGCCGGAAGACUCACGCUACCGGCGGAUCACCGAAUCCCGCAUGCGGCUCCACUCCCUCAGAAUGGUGAGAGACCGGGGAAUGGACGGCGUCGUGGUGUUCGCUGACGACAGCAAUGUGCACAGCAUGGAGCUGUUCGACGAGGCGCAGAGAAUGAAAUGGAUGGGCGCCAUCUCCAUGGGAAUCCUCACGCUCAGCGCCGGGCUAUCAGGCACGACGGCCGAGGAUCGCCACUCCCCUGUGCCAAUCAACGGCCCGGCUUGCAACUCCUCCGGCCAUUUGGUCGGAUGGCACACCUACAACCCCCUGCCCAGCACCGGCGCCACCUUCAUCGGCGCCGGCAAGACCGUGCUGCCGGCGAAGAUGGAGUGGGCGGGGUUCGUGCUGAACUCGAAGCUGCUGCGGAGAGAGGCUGAGGGGAAGCCUACUUGGGUGAGGAACCUCGACGACGUGGGCAGGAAGGCAGAGGACAUCGACAGCCCGCUGUGUCUCUUGGAAGAUGCCUCCUUCAUAGAGCCGUUGGGAAAUUGCGGAAAGAAGGUCCUCCUGUGGUGGCUCCGCUCCGAGGCUCGCCAUGACAGCAAGUUCCCAACAGGAUGGACAAUAGAGCCGGUUCUGGAAACGACUGUUAGCAACCAAGACUCGAGCAACGAUAUGUCGACAUGGAGCAGACACGUCUCUGAAGAUCCAAACUGGUGAAUAAUAAUAAUAAUAAUAACUACCAAAUGGCACCAUGGCAUGGUUGCUUUGUACUUCAAGUGUUCCGUGAAGCAGCAAGCCGCGCAGCCAACUGAAAGUAAUCUGGCAUGUUGCGAAGCACUCGACCACCAUUAGGAUUCAAUAGCUCAGGCAUCAGCAUUGAAGUAGCCCGAGCAGGCGUCUUAAUUUCAGCUGAAACAACAUGAGUGUCUUUGGGAUCUGCUUCUAUUUGCUCUUUUCGUGCAAUGCUUGCAGGAUUUGAAGGAUAUCUUUCUCUGGACCAAACCUUUUCUUUGGUUCCAACCUGAACUGGUGAGGCUUCAUUGUUUCUAGUAUCUGGAUGAGUAGCUUUCC